AUGGAGGAAAUGGACGACACUGAAACCGAAUCACAGGUUUACAUGGCUUGCAUUCAGCACGGUCGCCGAGUUGGAGUUGCUUACUACGACUGCAGUGUACGCCAGCUUCAUGUGCUUGAAGUUUGGGAGGAAGACUGCUCAGAUUUUGCCUUGAUCAAUAUGGUCAAAUAUCAAGCAAAGCCAUUGGUCAUCUUCACAAGCACCAAAAGUGAAGAGUCCUUUGUAUCUGCUCUGCAGCAGAGUGAUGGAACUGACGAGAAAACCAUGGUGCGCCCGGUAAAGAGCUCAACAUUCAGCUACGAGCAAGCGUGGCACAGGCUGGUAUAUCUUCGAGUAACAGGAAUGGAUGAAGGGUUGAACAUCAAAGAAAGGAUUUGUUAUCUGAGUUCGAUGAUGGAUGUAGGCAGUGAAGUCCAAGUUCGUGUUAGUGGGGGUCUUCUUGCUAUAUUAGAAAGUGAACGAAUUGUAGAAACCCUGGAACAAAAUGAAUCUGGGACUGCGUCGAUUGCAAUUGAUUCAGUCAUGGAAGUACCAUUGAACAAAUUUCUUAAACUUGAUGCGGCUGCUCACGAGGCACUGCAGAUAUUUCAAUCAGAUAAACAUCCAAGCCAUAUGGGCAUUGGCCGGGCUAAAGAAGGGUUUUCGGUGUUUGGGAUGAUGAAUAAGUGUGCCACGCCAAUGGGUAGACGCCUUUUAAGAAGCUGGUUUAUGAGGCCGAUCCUAGAUCUUGAAGUUUUAGACCGCCGUCUCAAUGCUAUUUCCUUUUUCAUUUCUUCGGUAGAGCUGAUGACAUCUUUGAGGGAGACACUGAAAUCUGUGAAGGACAUUUCUCAUUUGCUUAAGAAAUUCAACUCCCCGACGUCCCUUUGUACCAGUAAUGAUUGGACGGCUUUUAUGAAGAGUAUAAGUGCGCUCUUGCACGUGAACAAGAUAUUUGAAGUUGGAGUCUCAGAAAGUCUCCGAGAGCAUAUGAGACGCUUCAACUUAGACAUUAUUGAGAAGGCGGGCUUAUGUAUCAGCACAGAGUUAGAUUAUGUAUAUGAACUGGUAAUUGGAGUCAUUGAUGUAACUAGAAGCAAAGAGAAGGGUUAUCAAACAUUGGUGAAAGAGGGAUUCUGUGCUGAGUUGGAUGAACUGAGGCAAAUAUACGAGGAGUUGCCGGAGUUUCUGCAGGAGGUUUCAUCAAUGGAGUUAGAACAGUUUUCUCACCUACAUCAGGAAAAGCUCCCUCCUUGUAUCGUCUAUAUUCAACAAAUUGGGUACCUCAUGUGCAUUUUUGGAGAAAAACUCGAUGAAACAGCACUUAACAGGCUUACCGAAUUUGAAUUUGCGUUCUCUGAUCUGGAUGGAGACAGUCAGCGAUUCUAUUAUCAUACUCCAAAGACAAGAGAGUUAGACAACCUUCUUGGAGAUAUCUAUCAUAAAAUUUUAGAUAUGGAGAGAGCAAUUAUUAGGGACUUGCUAUCACACACACUUAUAUUCUCGGCUCACCUAUUGAAGGCAGUUAACUUUGUUGCAGAACUUGAUUGCAUUUUAUCGUUGGCUUGUGUCGCCCAUCAGAAUAACUACGUAAGGCCUGUUCUGACAAUGGAAUCAUUGCUUGAUAUUCGAAAUGGAAGGCAUGUUCUGCAGGAAAUGGCGGUGGAUACAUUUAUCCCUAACGACACUGAAAUCAAUGAUAACAGUCGAAUUCAUAUCAUUACCGGUCCUAAUUACUCAGGAAAGAGCAUAUAUGUAAAGCAGGUGGCUUUAAUUGUUUUCUUAUCCCAUAUUGGAAGCUUUGUACCAGCAGAUGCAGCAACUGUUGGUUUAACUGACAGGAUCUUCUGUGCAAUGGGAAGCAAGUUCAUGACCGCGGAGCAAUCUACAUUUAUGAUAGAUCUACAUCAAGUAGGAAUGAUGCUAAGGCAGGCAACUUCAAGAUCUCUGUGUCUCUUAGAUGAGUUCGGUAAAGGCACUCUUACAGAAGAUGGUAUUGGCUUGCUUGGUGGGACAAUUAGUCACUUUGCUACAUGUAAUGAGCCACCAAGGGUUCUAGUAUGCACACACUUGACUGAACUUCUUAACGAGAGCUGCUUGCCGGUCUCUGAGAAGAUUAAAUUCUAUACAAUGAGCGUUCUAAGGCCAGAGACAGAAUCUGCAAACAUGGAAGAAAUCGUUUUUCUUUAUCGGUUAAUCCCGGGACAAACGUUGCUGAGCUAUGGUCUGCAUUGUGCACUACUCGCUGGUGUUCCGGAGGAAGUCGUGAAGAGAGCAGCCAUCGUGUUGGAUGCCUUUGAGAGUAACCACAACAUCGAUAAACUAAACCUUGACAACAUAUCGUCUCAAGAUCAAGCAUUCAAGGAUGCAGUUGACAAGUUUCUGGAGUUGGACAUCAGUAAAGGUGACAUCCGUGCCUUCUUCCAAGGCAUAUUCAUUUCUUGAACCGUAUACAAACUCGGUUCACUACUUGCAAACUACUUGUU